CUUGCAACUUACCACUUGAAGUUACAACCCAGAUAUACUGCGCUAUAAGCUUGGAAUCCAUCGUUUCCCUCCCUGUAGUCACUUCUUCUCCAGUCUGUUCUUACUAAACUAAACGGCUUCGAGUCACUUAUCCCUGCCGGAGCGCUAGACACUCCUGUGUUAGAUCAUGGUCUUUGGAAAGCUCAAGUUGGCGCUGGGCAAGGACGAAAAAGGCGACCUUACCGCUCAUGCCUCGCAGGUAGGAUUGACUGGUUCCACUAUUCCUGGCGUUUGCAUUCACUCUGAAGCUUCCAGGAUACUGGCAUCGCUCCCAAUCGUCAUAUGUCGCCAGUAUGAGCCCAAGAACGCUGUGGCUGGCAUCGAAGAGCCCAACAAGUACUUGGUCAAGUCUUCCGACGGCCGCACCAUUGCUCAAAUUGAUGAAGAAGUGCGGAGCUCCACAAUGAAACGGUCACUUCAAGGAAAUGCUCGAAAAUAUGCAUGCCAUUUGACUGAUCUAGAUCUCAACAAGCUGCUUUCUGUUCAGCGUGGCUUCUCAUUGGCUGAGGUCAAGCAUGAAGUGUCAGUCUACACAUAUGAUACCCCGGACAGUGAAGGUAUCCUCGUUGGUACAGUCAAGUCCAAGUUUCACCUUGUGAAGCGCAAAUACGACCUUUUCUUGCAACAGAAGACUGGACUGCAGCUAUUUGCCGUGGCCGAAUGUGUCUCCGCCGGAACCAACUUUGAUAUUGUCAGUAUUAGAGGAGAGUACCUUGGCAGUGUCAAUAGAGCCAAACGCGGCGGUAUGAAGGACGCAUACACAUCAACAGGGAUGUAUGUUUUACGAGAUGCAAGGUGCAGACACGAUUCAUCAGCAUCAGCAUUGCCAGUAGAAGACGCAAAUCUUUAUGUCAAUGACCCCGAAAGCAAAGACGCUGCAAAGGCGGUCAAGGAUACUGCAAAGCAACCGUCGUCCAUCAUUGCGGAGCGUGACAUGUUUCCAGCUGAACGCGCUGUCAUACUCGCUUUGAGUAUUGCAAUGGACUUUCAGUACUUCUCGUAUCAGUACAACACGGCUCGAAGCGUCGGUGUCUACAACGUCUAAAGACCAUUCAGACCCGUCAGGGACUGUGAUCCAUUUCCUGCUGCUACGGGAGGCAUCGACGUUGUAGGUGAGGUUGUGCACUUGGCUGUGUCUGAGGAGUCAAUCGGAUGUUGUGUGGCUUGAUGCACCGUACAGCAUAGGUGUGUCUCAUUUUACUUGCAGGCACGCACAUAUGCUUUCCAUUAUCUACCAGCCGACUCAUGUAAAGUCAAAAAGUCUUUGGCCGCCGUACUAAUGGGGGCAGCAAGGCAGGACAGCUUCCCGAGGCUUUACAAUGGGCGAAGACCAUCGGCAAAUCACUUGUCAUCCUCCUGCUAUUCGCAUGCCCGAUUGCUGAAGUAGUAAGUAGCGGAUGCCAUCACCAAAUUGAAAGGCUCGCCGGCCUAACACAUCAUAGAAUGUCUUGCCAUUACCAG